UCCGCUCCACUUCCUCCAUGUAAACACUAGAAGUCGGUGUGUGCGUCUUUAACGCAGCGUUUCUGCGCUUUUCUGCUCCUCCGACGCACAUUUUUCACGCGUAAAGUCUCCAAACUCCGUCCAGCUGCCAACAUUUGUCGCUUUAAUUAGUUAAUUAACGCGUCAUGUCGGGCCGGAGCCGCUAAUUGGCUGCACGCGCUCCGCUCCGAGGAGUUCCCGGACCACCGGGGCCGCCGGGGAUUUACAGCAGGGAUCGAGUCCCGACGCGCGGCCGUUUGUCAUCCGUCUGCCGGUGCCGUUACCGGAACGUGUGAGUCAGCAGAGACCUGGUAUAACCCGCCCUGCACCGGGACCUCCAGCCGAACUACCCCGAGUGGAUCACCGGAACCGGACACACACCGAGCAGAGCCGCUGCCAAUGGCAUCCUUCAUCUCCACCCUCCUCUUCCUCUUUCUGAUGGGCGGGGCUUCGCCGGCCGGUGGUCAGUCCAGCGAGCUGACAGAACCCAUGUGUUAUGACUGGGGGGAGUCCAGUGAGGCGGGGGUGUCGGUUCUAGAGGGGGAGUCCGGUUGGCUGUCCUGCCCCCUGUUCUCUCAUCCCUCCGUCUACAACUACACCUCGACCCAGAGUGCUGGACACACCUUGUUCUGGUACCGACUGCUGCAGGGUCAGGACCUGGAGGAACCGAUCACGUCCAGCUCUCGCCUCAGCAAAGACAGAGAGAGACUGUGGCUGCAGCCGGCGACCAGCGACGACACCGGACAGUACAUCUGCAUGCUGCGCAACAAGUCGUCCUGCAGUAAGAUCGCCAUGCGCCUGACGGUGUUGCGGCCUGACCAGGUGGUUCGAGGCGUCGACUGCGAGCCUCCGGUUGCCGUGGCAGCGACCAGCGAGUACAUCGGGCUGCAGGGCGGGAAAAGGCUGGACUGCCCCGACCUGCAGGACGCCGCCAAGAUGGCCGACGGCGAACCGACGGUCACCUGGUACCAUGUGAGACGAGAACUCUCGAUGUGCCGACAGUAUCCGUUCUGGAACAAUGAGCGGCAGCAGAACGGAGCCAGUCUGAGGUUCUACGUCAUGCUGGAUUCCUACCAGGGUUUAUAUUUCUGCACGGUCCACUACCAGAGGAGAGGAAAGACGCUGAACUUCACCAGGAGCAUCAAUGUCACUGCCAUCUAUCCACCUACUGUGCCCAAAUAUCCCAGCAUCCUCCGGCCACCUAAAGACCUCGUGUCCACUGUAAAACCAGGUUCAAAGGUCCGUCUGAACUGCACGGGUCACUUUCCCAUCAUCCGGCCGGACGCGGUCCCAGAGAUCUGGUGGACGGUGGACGGGAAGACGCUGGACAAGCUGGCCGACCAGCGAUUCUCACAAACCACCAGGCAGGUGGACUACGACCGUGGGGAUCGUUUCAUCGAGAAUGUCCUGCUGAUCCAGGACUUCCAGUCUGAGGACCUGAACAAAGAAUUCAACUGUUCUGUGAAGAACGAAAGAGGCUUCGAGACCCGAAGAGUCCAGCUGCGGGAGGACGUGUGGCUGCCGUCCGUGGAGCUGGGCUGUGGUCUGGGCGUCACUCUGCUCCUCAUGCUGCUGCUGUUCGUCGUCUAUCACGUGUUCUGGUUGGAGCUGCUGCUGCUCUAUCGGUCCUGGUUCGGUACCGACGAACGCCACACAGACGAUAAGGAGUACGACGUCUACAUCUCGUACGCUAGGAACAGUGAAGAAGAACAGUUUGUUCUAUCGACGCUACGAAGAGUUCUGGAGAACGAGCUGGGAUACUCAGUGUGUAUCUUUGACAGAGACAGUCUACCUGGAGGGACCAUCACCGAUGAGACUCUGAGUUUCGUGGCCCGGAGUCGGCGCCUCCUGGUGGUGGUGAGUCCAGGUUACGCCUCGCAGGGCUCCCAGGCGCUGCUGGAGCUGAAGGCCGGCAUCGACGGCAUGGCGCUGGGCGGACACCUGCGGGUCAUCCUGGUCCAGUACAAACCGGUGCAGCGGCAUUCCUGGGUCCGGGAGCUGAGGAGGGCCCGGGUGGCCCUGGCGCUGGUCCGGUGGCAGGGAGACAAGUCCAGGGAGCUGACGUCCCGGUUCUGGAAGAGGCUGAGGGUGGAGCUGCCGGUGAGGAGGGUCGGCCGGGAGGAAGAGGAGGAGGAAGAGGAAGGCGGCAACAAGGAGGCGGUUCUGAUGAGGCUUCACAGUCAGAACAGCACCAACUCCCAGACGGGCCUCAUCAGCAACACCGUCAAAGACCCGCAGAAGGUUCUGAACUGUGCGUCAUAGCAGCAGCGAUGGCGCUGCUGUUAGCAUCAUGUAGCUUUACAGUCACCAAUGAACUGUUUCUACUAUCAAUUCAGUGCCGUUCGGUUUAUUUAGGUGGCGCCGGAUCACAACACUUAUCAUCUCUAAGCAUCUACAGAAAAACCCAACAAAUCCAAAGUUUCUUCUCGAUUCCUUCACAGAUCUGUCAACAGAAAAGAUCCUGUUUUCUUGUCUGAGUAGAUUCUCAGUCAUCCGAUUCCACCUUAUAGGUUCUUGAAGAUGUUUCAAGAACCUACUAAAGAAGUCCAGUUGAUUUCUACUGAAGUUCCUAGGAUCCUGUUUUCUUGCCUAAAAGAGUUUCUGACUCUCUACGAUCUCCUUUGACUCCAACUGGAUGGAAUUAUGAUCAAAACGGAGCCUGAGGUUCAGUUCAAACACCAAAACAAAGCCUUUAUUUUUAAAACAUGUCGACAGAAAAGAUCCUGUUUUCUUGUUUGUGUAGAUUCUCAGUUGUCCAGGUCAUGGUGAUCGAAGGAAUUUCAGUAGACAUCAACUGGACUUCUCUUGUAGGUUCUUGAAGACGUUCGAAGUAAAGUUGAUGUUGAAGCCCCUACGAUCCUGUUUUCUUAUCUAAAGCAAUUUCUGGCUCUCUGUGAACUGUUUUGACUCAGACUGGACAGAAUUAUGACCAAAACAGGGCCUGAGAUUCAGUUGAAAGACCAAAACAAGACCUUUAUUUUCAUCUUACAAUGAGACUUCGGGUUUACAGCCAUGCUGGCAAUCAACUUUAACACGCUAACAUGCACUAGCUUUUCCUGUACAGCGACUAGUCAAAAACACUUUGUAUUUCUAAUAAUACACAAGUAGUAUCAACAAAAUCACAAUAGAAUUCAUCUCCCAUUGACAUUUCCUUUUUUCACUCAUCAGUUUGUAAAGUUAAACACUUCUGAAGCAUAUUCAUUCACAGGGUGCAAGUACGCAUCAAAUAAGCUUGACUAUAGCUUACUCAACCAAAUCUGGAGCAGAUAAAUCAAGUAGACUUUGAGGUAUUCUCAUGUAGAGACUUAAAUCCUUGAAGCGGUGCUGCUAGCAUUGCUAAAAAAUUGCUAACUUUCCCAUCUAACUCAAACGGCAUUGUUAGCUAGCAUGUUAACUUUACUUUGGUACAUACUACAUUAGUUGCAACUGCAAUAUGUUAUUUCUACCAGUCUUGGAGCUAAACAUUUUACCUGAGGAUGGCGCCAGAGGACAAAAUCAGAACAUUUUAUGGCCGUCUAGUCCAGCAGGUGCUCGGAUAACCAAGUGUUGGUUGGACCACGAGAUAUAUAGGAAGUUAGAAGACAUAAAUCACUAAUUCAAUUCAAUUCAAUUCAAUUCAAUUUUAUUUAUAUAGUGCCAAUUACAGUCAAAUUGUCUCAAGACGCUUUACAGAACCCAUAUGCCUGACCCCCAGAGCAAGCCAAAAGGCGACAGUGGCAAGGAAAACACCCUUUUAACAGGGAAAAAAACCUCGAGCAGAACCCGGCUCUAAUGUGGGGGGACCCAUCUGCUGCUGGCUGGGCGGGUUGAGAGGGACAGAAGAGGUAGAGAGGUAGAGGUAGAGGGAUGGAGGUAGAGGGUUACAGUUGGUGGGAGAACAACCACACAUCUGAAGCAUCCAGCAUCCAGCUCUGGGACCAGGGACACUCGGAGAAAGGACACAGAAAGAAACAGAGUGAAUGUAAUGCAAUAAUGGUAUAUAUAGUAAAUACAUAGGUAGUUAGAGAAGGGCUCAGUGCAUCAAGAGAGGUUCCCCAGCAGCCUAGGCCUAUAGCAGCAUAACUAGGGGCAGACUAAAGGGACGUCAAGAGGGGAAAUCAGUUGUGCAAAUGAAAACACCAGCUGACCCCCUCAGGGUCCCCCAGUCAGCCCUAACUAUAAGCUUUGUCAAAAAGGAAGGUUUUUAGCCUGGUCUUAAAAAUAGAGAGGAUGUCUGCCUCCCGAACCCAAACUGGGAGCUGGUUCCACAGGAGUGGAGGAGUAAUCUGCACACUAUCUAUUGAUCUUUAUCACUGUAUGUUUAUGUUGCUUGUUUGUUCAGAGCUUUUAAGAAGUCAGGCUGCAGUGUUUUGUUUACCGGUUCCUUAUUUUGAAACCUUGAACCUGCAGUUUGGUUUUACUUCUUAAUAUUUGUGCUAAAAGGACCACAAGAAACCCGCCACAGCAGGAGCUCAUUGAUUGAAACACCUGUCAGUCAAGGCUGACAUUUAGAACUGAUUGUACACUAAGACACAUUAGGUUGUACUUUAUCCACCAAGGUUAAUCUUCUAAACCUCAUUAAGAAGAUAUUUUAAAGAGUCAUAAGAAACAAGCAACACAGAUGUAAAGUAGGGUGUCAUCUGCAUACAAGAAGAUUUAGUUUUAUAUCCAGUCGCCUGUACAAGCACCACAGCUUGUUUGUACUAUGCAGAAAGGGAAAGCUAUGGCUGCAAGGAAUUUCAAUAUUUAGUUUCACAGGGCAUUUUUACCUGGUUGGGAUGCCACAGGAAAACAUUUCAGUUGUCGAUCUUCUCUCAUUGCAGCGUCUAGUGGCUGUAAGAGGAAGAGAGCAUUCUAAUACAUUAAAACACUCAGCUGUGAUGAUUGUUUAACUUUAGUUAAAAGAUAUUAUGGAGAGUCAUUAUGAUAAAAAGAAAAUAUGUAAAGCAGGUUGUCAUCUGCAUAGGGGAGGAUUUUCAGAUACACAUCCAGUUGCCCGUAGAAGCACCACAGCUGUAAAAUGUUUCAAAUGGAAAAUAUGAACUGCAGUUUGUAUGUAUUUGUAAGAAAAAAAAAACACUCAGCUGUGAUGGUUGCUUAACCUCAGUAAGAAGGUGUAUUAAGGAAUAAUUUUAAGGAACAAGCAACACAGAUGUGAAGUGGGGUGUCAUUUGCAUAGUGGAGGAUUUACAGGUUUAUAUCCAGUUGCCUGUACAAGCAUCACAGCUGUAAAAUGCUUCAAAGGGAUUAAUACACUGCAGGUCAGGUAUUUGUCAGAAAAUAAGAAUACAACUCACUUAAUCAGUACUUUAAAAUGUUGCUAUUACGCUGCACUUUGUUUUUGGUCAAUAUUUCCAUUUUAAUACAUUCAGUAUAUGCGCAAUAAAUCAGCUCCAUCAAGUUUUAUUUUUCUGUAUUAUUCUGUUUACCUCUAACAUUUUAAAAAAUAAUCUGUAUUGUAAUGGGGGAAAAGCAUGCUGCACUUUUUUAUGCUCGAAAGUUUUCAUUUUUGCAUUAUAUUGUGUCUAAUCUUUGGGGGUUUGUGUUUGUUUUUUAAUGUUUGUUGGUUCUUUUUUGUUUUAAUAAAUGCAUUUUUUAUUUAACAUAA